AGAAUUCGUAAACAACUGUAAAUUUGUACACGAUUCAGUACGCACUACCAUUGUGAAUCUAUGUAGCCUAAAUAUCUAAUACUGCUGCUAUUAGACCCCGUAUAAUAUUAUUGCUUUGAUCAAACUGAGAAACAUAUCGUUUAUAAUGGAUAUAAGCAGUUUGACUCUUCUAUAAACCCAACCAUGGCUGAAGCAUUAAAGACUGUCAUCUCCCAGAGUACAGAGUGUCCAGUAUGUCUUUCUACAUUCACCGAUCCCAAGAUCCUGUCUUGUUCUCACACUUUCUGCAAGACUUGCCUGGACAACCUCUUAGAGUGCCAAGGUAACUGUCAGAUCCGAUGCCCUGUCUGCAGAGCUGUGACCCAGGUCCCAAACGAAGAUGUCGGCAAACUACAGGUAAAUCUUGCUUUGAAGAGUCUGAUAGAGGAUAUGGAGGGCCAUCCUCAGAUUUGCACGAAUUGUAAAUCAAAUGACAAGCCCCAUGCUGCUGUCUACUGCCAAGACUGUGGCAAGUAUCUUUGCACCUCUUGUCUUAAUAAGCACUCUCAGUGGGAAGACUUUAUCGAUCAUGAAGUCAUUGCCAUGAGUGAGAUCUCAUCAGGGAAGGUGUAUGUACGUAGAUACCGGAAAUGCAGGAAACACCCGAAAGAAGACGAGGAUUACUUCUGUUCCACCUGCAGGAGAUUCACAUGCUUCAGAUGUGGUGUGAUGGAACAUAAAGACGAGGGACACCAGGUCGUUGAGGGAGCUGCUUAUGAGGACAAACACGUGAAGAUCAUCGGAGACCUGAAAUCAAAGGUUGACAAGCAACAGUCAUGCUUUCAGAAGUACAUUGAUUUCAUAGAUGAACAGACCAAGAGUGUUGACAAUGCCAAGAAACAGUGCACAAGUGACAUCAACAAAGCAUAUGAUGAUGUAGUCCGGCAGUUGUCAGAGAAGAGAGAAAGCUUACUAAGAGAAGUCAAGGAAACGACUGAAGGAGUAAAGAAAGAACUGGAAAGCAUGAAGACCACGGCUCAGAAGCACAUCAAUCGGUUGGCGACCAUGGCUGAAAUGGUGAUUAACAAAACAAAGAUUCCAUUAGAUAUGGAUACUUUGGCUUCACAGGACACUCUGUGUGAAGAGUUACGAGAGGUCUGUGAUCAAGAGGAUCCUGACUACGAGCAGCCGAAGAAAUCUGGCAUAAAGGGGAAAACUGUCAAUUUCGAGAGAAAUGCUGGAGUUGAUGAGCUAGGCCUUGGAAAGAUUGUGCAUGUAGUUGAAAAGAACGUCGCCUUACCCACUAAUAAAACCUUUGAUUUAAAGGACGUUUCUUUGUACACUAAUCGGAUUGUUAAUGUAAAGAACGUUGCUUUGCCAGCUGAGAGUAGCAUGAAUGCCAUGGUUAGUACACCAGACGGUAGGAUGGCAUUAGGAUAUAGUACAGGUGGCAUCUCCAUCUUCUCUCCUGAUGGUCAGCUUCAGCAGACAGUUCUGAAGGAUGUUAACAUUGAGUGUGUAGGGUUUCUCUCUGAUGGUCGAUGUGUUGUGAUAGAUAAUUCAAACAACAUCACACUAUACACACCAGAGUACAUACGAUUGAAUGUAAUGUUUAAGACUCUAAGUCGAGAUGAAGGUGUGUUUUGUGAUCUCACUGUUGAUGGUGAUGAUCUGAUCUAUGUGGGCUACAUGAAUGCCAGCAAGAUCCUGGUAUUUCCAGCAUCAGGUGGGCAAGCAGUCAGGGAGAUACCAUGCAACGGGUAUGUACCACAUCAAAUCACUAGUUUCCAUGGUUCUCUGAUCACUUCAUCAUUUGAUGCUAUCAGAUUGAUAGACAAACAAGGUGCUGUGCAACAUAACUUAAAGAAACCGGGUAGUCUCCUUUUCGCUGCUGUAUCUCAAUGGAAUACAAUCCUGAUAGCCAAGGUGAAGCCUGGUGAAGGUUUGGUGAGCAUUAACGAGUAUACAAAUGAACUAAGGCACAUCCGAAACCUUGUUAAUGGUUACAAGACUGAGAAGACUUGGAUAUGGUGUUACCUCCAGCAGUACCGAUCAGGAGAGAUCGCCUUCUGCACUCUGGUAAGACUCUAUAUAUUCCGCUUAAAAUAAUUGAUGACAUGAUAUCAUAAUUAUUAUCGCAGAAGAUGGGGGGGGGGGGGUGAUACCCACUGAGUUGCCAUUUUCUGCUAAAGUAAGCUGCAAUAAUGUAGAAAUACAUAAAACAAUUGUUGGAUCAUUUCUUUCUCGUUUCUCACCCAUAAAAAGCAUUUCGCUGCUUACAACUUUUUGUUUUCAAUUUUGCAUGUACCAACCAUCAUAUUUAUCAUGUUUAUCCUCUGUGUGGGGGAAAUUUUAGACUAUACUUGUAUGUUUUCAUAAAUUGGAAGAUAGCGUGAUUCUAUGCUGUGAAUCUAGACAUUAUUAUAAAUUGUGAAUAUAUAGAUAUUAUCUUCAUGGAGAUGGUCUGAUCAUCACUCUUCGAUAUUUUUCGGAGUGUGAAACACUUAAAAAGAACUUAUUUCAUUCAAGAAAAUAUCACGAAAAAUGCAUACAACAGCAUAUAGUCAAUGGAUCUCAAUUUUAUAUUCAGCUUUGCACUUAUCCAGCAUCAUCUUUAUCAUGUGUAUCCUAUGUGAGGGAAUUUCUCGUGCUUAAAUAUAAGACAUAAUGUUAAAUAUACAUAUUGUAACAGUAUCCUGUUUAUGUGAUUUGUUCAACUGAUAACCUAUAAUGUUUAUUCAGUUAGAGGGCGCACUCUUGCUAAGUAAUAAAGUACCCCUUUCUUCCUGUAAGAAACUACUCUCUGAUGUUAGAGUCAAGUCAAACCACUUAACAACCCAACCACAACUUGAAACACAUAUUUUAUGGGAAACCAAAUGUUUCUCUCUUCAUACAUGUCAUAUGCAUGUAUAUAAUAAUUGUCUAGCAAUGACUAUCGUGGCAAUGUGAUAUUUACCAUUGAUAUUAAUGAGUGUAUGCUAUACUGUUUAUGAUUUUAUGCAUAAAUUAGAAUAUGUCGUUAUUCUAUGCUAUUAUUCUAUCUAGACAUGAUUACACUGUGUAAAUAUGUAUAUAUUAUCUUCAUGGAAACGGUCUGAUCUACGCUCUUCGAAGUAUUUCAAUUUCAAAAUGCAAUUAUAUAUGAUAACUUGAAUGUGAAACAAAACAAACAAAUAUUGCCGGCAUUUAAGAAAAUAGCACGAAAAUGCAUGAAAAGCAACGUCAAGGAUUUAAUUUUUAUUUUGAGCUUUGCUAUUAUCAAGCAUCAUCUUCAUUAUGUUUAUCCUAAGUGGGGAAAUGUCUAGUUCUUGUAUUUUAGACAUAAUGUUAUUAGAUAUAUUAUAAGAAAUCAAAUGAUUCUCUAUUCAUAAACAUUUAUUUAAUUUAACUACGGAGUAAUAACCAUGGUGGAAGUGUAAUAUUUACCAUUCAUUUUAAAGAUGGUAUGCUAUACUAUGUAUGUAUUUACUUGUAAUAUAUAUUUUCAUGCAUUGAUCAGGUAGAUAGGAAGUGAGAUCAUGAUCUUUAUGGUAAAAAAACAACGUUCUCCGUUCUAGAGCAUGCUUUAAUAUACUGUAUAUUUUUUUUUUACCUGUAUUUGAUAUAGAACCGAUGGGAAGUACACUACUUUGAUAUAUUCGAAGAAAUUGAAUUUGAAAAUGCAAUUACAAGGAAUAACUCGAUUGUGAAAUAGAGUAGCUUUACGGAGAAUAGCUUAUUGUAUUUCAGGCAAUGGCACGAAAUGUAUAGUAAAAUCGCAGUUUUAAUGAGUCAAUGGAUGUAGAUAUCUGCCAUCCAUAGAAGUCUGACGAACUUUUCAUUGGUCAAUCACUAUAUUAAAUCUAUAUUUAUAUAUUGUUUUCUAUAUAUUAUAACUUUGUGAAAAUAAACGAAAUCAAAUGGAGCGAAAAGUAAAUUUUUGAGGGGGCUAAAUUCCUGAAAAGCUGGGAGCGAAAAGUAGUGCAAACAUCUAAUUUUCUGUUAGAUCUCGACAUAAUAUUCAGACAAUGAUAUGUUCAGCCUUUUAGUUUCAUUUACUUUUCUUCUUUUCCCCUUGGUCGUGAAAAUCUUGAGGAAAGAACAAUACGUGUAUAACCCAAUCAAAUUGUUACAUUCUAUCUAAGUUUGGAAAAUUAUUCAAUAAUAUAAUUUCAAAUUUCUGCUUCGGAUUUUGCCUUUUAAAAAAAAUUCAAUUCGAUAGAAGAUCACGUCAGAUAAGACUUGCUAUUACCGUGGAAAAAAAUGAAACUUUAAUAUCAUAAGUACUUGUAUUUUCUACAGGUAUACAUAAUUUAAAUUAGCAGAAAUUCUCUUUCAUCAAUAAUCAUGCAGUAUAUCCAGAAUGAAGAGAAAACGUCAUUAAUUAAUUAUACAAUUGAGAAGGAAAGUAUGAUCACUAUGAAUGCAAUUGUUUAUGUUUGCACAAAUAUGAUCGAGAACAGUGAUGUGCUAAUGUAUAAAUAUAAUAACAUGUAAGUAUUUAAGAACCAAGUUCACACCAUUCAGCUCUACAAUACGACAUGUCGAGUUUACAAGUAGAAUGAGUUUAUUAAGAUGUAAAAUGAAUUAUGCUCUUUAUUUUCAGGAACUAUAAAAGAUUUGAUCAUCAAUUUGAUCAUAGUAUACAUAAUAACUUUUAGAAAUUAUCUUAAAAUGUACGAAACCAAACAUUAUAAUGUAAACGUUAGAAAGUGAAUAAAGGAAAUGCAAUUUCAAAAUCUG